AUGUCGUUUGGCCUCAAUAAUGUUGGUGCUACCUACAUGAGGGCUAUGACGACCAUAUUUCAUGACAUGAUUCACAAGGAGAUUGAAGUGUAUGUGCAUGACGUCAUAAUCAAGUCCCACGAGAGUUCGGACCACUUGACACACCUAAGGAAAUUCUUUGAUCAUUUGCAUCGUUACAAUUUGAAGUUAAAUCCCGCCAAAUGCGCUUUUGGAGUUCCAGGCAGAAAGUUGUUAGGAUUUAUAGUCAACAGAAGGGGUAUUGAGCUUGACCCUUCUAAGAUUAAAGCAAUUCAAGAGUUACCUCCGCCAAAGAUGAGAAAACAGCUAUUGAAGAAAGAUGUCCUGACAAAGUGGGCUGAACAGUGUCAAUCUGCUUUUGAUGCUAUCAAGAACUAUUUGUCCAAUCAACCGAAAGCGAUAAAGGCACAGGCUUUGACUGAUCAUCUUGCAAAAAGUCCCGUUGAUGAAGAGAGGACUCCAGAUUUGGGUCUUCUAAAAUGCGUUGAUGCUUUUGAAGCUACGGAACUUUUUGAACAGAUACAUACUGGAGUUUGUGGCCCGCAUAUGAACGGGCUCACUUUAGCAAGAAAGAUCCUUCGAGCCGCUUGGGGUAUGGAUGUCAUCGGUACGAUAGAGCCAGCCACUUCAAAUGGAUACAGAUUCAUUUUGGUUGCCAUCGAUUACUUCACCAAAUGGGUGGAAGCAACUUUUUACAAGUCGGUAACCAACAAAGUUGUGGCUGAUUUUGUUCGCAAAAACUUAUAUGCAGUUUCGGAGUACCAAAUGAAUGGAGCUGUAGAAGCCUCCAAUAAGAAUAUCAAGAAAAUUCUGAGGAAAAUGAUUGACAACCACCGAGGUUGGCACGAGAUGUUUCCAUAUGCUUUAUUGGGUUAUCGAACGACUGUUAUAAUAUCGAUUGGAGCUACUCCAUACUUGCUAGUUUAUGGAACAAAAGCAGUUAUACCUGCUGAAGUCAAAAUACUGUCUGUGAGUAUCAUCAAAGAAGUUGAGUUUAGUAAUGCUGAAUGGAGAAUGAUUCGUGCCUUUCAUAAGAGAGUAAGAGCCAGAAUUUUUGAAGUUGGUCAGUUGGUCCUUCAGCGCAUUUUUCCUCAUCAAGACGAAUACAAAGGAAAAUUCGCGCCAAAUUGGCAAGGUCCUUACAUGGUUCGAAAAGUAUUAUCUGGAGGUGUUUUGGUCCUGUCAGAGAUGGAUGGUACCGUAUGGCCUAAACCUAUCAACACAUAUGCUCUCAAGAGAUACUGUGUGUGA